AUGGAAGGUUAUCAGACUAAAAUAAGUGCGGAAAACAGAGAAGAUGGAGGUUUUCUAUUGCAUCAAAGAACGAUAGGAAAAGUUCCUCGGGACAUUGAAGAUGACAGCAUUGUAGGUGUUAAACCUUUUCUAGAUGCUGUGAUAAAAACACAAGAUGAGUCUGUGAAUAACAACUCAAUGGAGAUGAAAGUAAUACCAUCUAAACCUACUACAAGUAGUGAUGUCGACAAUGACGACUGGAACUGGCCAGUCCAACAAAAUUAUAUUAUUUUUAAAGAUUCAGAUUCUUUUUGUAAAGAAGUUGACAGAUUGAUAUGUAAAUACUCUAACAGCAACUGUGAUUUAGAAUAUGCUUCAUUAUUCAUUCAAAUAAUAGCUGAACAUUCAUACGAAACCAACACCUCGACUAAUUUAUUAGAUCAACACGAGAUGGAAGAUGUCACGUCAGGUGCUGAAAUAUACAGACAGUUCCUAACUACAAAACUAUCGACAUAUUACCAACAACUAAAUCUACUAGACAAUACAAUAACUGAACAAAAACCAAAACCAAAAAUAUUCAGAAUUUUUAACUCUAUGAGGAAAGGUCUGAGGAUGUGUAGAAAUAAAAUGAAAUGA